AUGGCCACUGAACUGGGUACCGAGAAGGCCAGCAUAAACGGAGGGCGAUUUGACGCAAGUCAGUACGCCUUCUUCAACGCCGACUCUGCCGCUUUACCUCAGGAAGAGUUAGGCGGCUUGGAGGAUGAUGGUGCAGAUGGGGAACUUGGCGGAUGGGACGAGAAUCCGGACAACCCGGAAGAACCUUCUGUUGAGUGGUCGGAUCAGCCAAGCCUUAAGACCAACGAUGUUAUGAUGCCGACGUCCGUCGGCAUGUCUGCCGGGCCGGGCCCCGCGCGGCCCAUGCACAAUGCUCACGGCGGCCCUGGAGCCGGUGGCCUGUCGGAAGGGGGUGGCGGUUCGCCGGGUAUGGUGAGGUCGCAGUGCAUGAGCGUGGAGGAAAUGCAGUCCAUUAUCCGUAUGCAGUGGGCAGCUGUUCAUGCCGGGGAUCCGUAUGUGGACGACUAUUACCAUCAAGCGGUGGAGCAGCGCAAGGCAGCGGCUGCUGGCAUGCGCCUCCGCCACUUCGCGCCCGCUACCCUCCAGCCGCCAGGGAGCUUGCAACGAGGCAACGGGCAACAGCAGCAGCAGUCCACAGUCGCGUUCGUUCCGAUUCAAGGUCUGGGUCGAGUUCCUAUUCCCUCCAUUCGCCGUCCGCGGCCGUUGCUGGAUGUCGAGCCGCUUGCUUGCCUGCACUCUUCGUGGCACGAAAGCGGGCUGGGAGGCAAGGGAGAUGGAGUCGGUCCGGAUGGGCGGCAGCAGCCAGUGCGGCCGCUGGAGCAGGAGCCUAUGCUAGCGGCGCGCAUAGCCAUUGAGGAAGGCAUGAACGUGCUGCUUGACGUUGAUGACAUUGACCGACUCUUGUCCUCGCCCCAGCCGCUCCCACCACAUGCUGCUGCGCAGUUGCAUCGCACGCGCCACUUGCUUCUGGAAACCCUCGCGGCCUCGCUCCAGCUGUCGGAUCCUCUCAUUCCUGGAAGCCCGCUUGCUCCCAUGCAUGAUGUGCGAGCCGCGGCCUCCGCUGCAGCAACUGCUGUCGCCACUGCUGGACCUACUGGCGGCUGGGGAGGAAGGAGUGGAGGUAACAGGGGGGUGUCUAGUGUCGUUCCUCCAGAGGAUGUAGUCUGGCUUCGAUUGUCUGUUCUUCCCAAAGGAAGGAAGUUUCUGGCUCGAUUUUUCAGUGUGGUGCCAGCAAACUCCCCACUUCAGCGCAUUCUGCUUCUGGCUGUGUUCCGGCACUUCCGCAUACUCUUUUCCCCAUCGGCAGUAGGUUCUGCCCCACCUGAGCCUCCAUCCACGCCUGAGGCUGCCGCCCUCUCACUCCCUACGCAAGUCAUUCGAGCCAUGCAGAGCCUGUCUUCGUUAGACGUUGCUGCUGCAUGCCUUGCAGCAGUUGUGCUUGCUCCUGAGGCUCCACCUUUUGCCUCGCACACACCAGCAGGGCGUGCUGCCACCUCUGUCCUUCGCACACUUCUUGAUCGCGCAGCUAAUUUGCAGCUGCAGCUGUUGGAGCUCUUCUCCAGGGACUGCUCCGCAGCAGCAACAGUGCUGCAUAAUGAGUCACUGCUCGUAGUUGUUGAUGGAAGAGGGUUGCAGGAGUGGCUGCAACAGUCCCAUCCUCUGCUGAUGUGCUACACUGUAUGUGGUGCCUGUGAUUAG